GCGAAGGCCGUUGCGAGUCUGAGGGGAACCAAGCAGUCCGGCCGCGGUUAUGUUCUGCGAGAAAGCGACCGAGCUCAUCCGGGAGCUCCACCGCGCCAGCGACGGGCAGCUUCCUUCCUUCAACGAGGAUGGAAUCAGACAAGUACUUGAAGAGAUGAAAGCAUUAUAUGAACAUAACCAAGCUGAUGUAAAUGAAGCUAAAUCAGGACACAGUGAGCUGAUUCCAACAAUCAAGUUUCGCCACUGCUCUCUGCUGAGAAAUCGCCGAUGUAUUGUUGCAUACCUGUAUGACCGCUUACUUCGCAUCCGGGCGCUUAGGUGGGAAUAUGGUAGCGUGCUGCCAAACGCUGUCCGAUUUCACAUGUCAACUGAUGAAGUGUUGUGGUUCAACCAGUAUAAAAAGUCUUUGGCUACCUAUAUGAGAUCUUUAGGAGGAGGAGAAGGGCUGGACCUCACACAGGACAUUCAACCCCCCAAAAGUUUGUACAUUGAAGUUCGGUGUUUGAAAGAUUAUGGAGAAUUUGAGAUUGAUGAUGGCACAACAAUUCUGUUGAAGAAGAACAGCCAGCAUUUUUUGCCACGCUGGAAAUGCGAGCAGUUAAUCAGGCAAGGAAUUUUGGAACACGUCCUUUCUUAACUUGAAGACUGAUUUAAGUACCUAUAAACAUUUUAGCAGAUUUUAAAUGGGGUAAGUAUAAAAACAUGCCACAGUGUCUUCUGUUUUUGAA